CAAGGUGGAGAUCUCAUGAUAUUAGGUCCCCAUGGAUUGCUCUCCAGUUUUUUGUGUCCCUGGCUUUUGGAACCCCUUCACUGUAUUCCUCAGGUGAGACAGGCGACCAAUCAGAUUGUGAUGAAUUGUGCUGAUAUUGACAUUAUUACAGCUUCAUAUGCACCAGAAGGAGAUGAAGAAAUACAUGCUACAGGAUUUAACUAUCAGAAUGAAGAUGAAAAAGUUACCUUGUCUUUUCCUAGUACUCUCCAAACAGGUACAGGAACCUUAAAGAUAGAUUUUGUUGGAGAGCUGAAUGACAAAAUGAAAGGUUUCUAUAGAAGUAAAUAUACUACCCCUUCUGGAGAGGUGCGCUAUGCUGCUGUAACACAGUUUGAGGCUACUGAUGCCCGGAGGGCUUUUCCUUGCUGGGAUGAACCUGCAAUCAAAGCAACUUUUGAUAUCUCACUGGUUGUUCCUAAAGACAGAGUAGCUUUAUCAAAUAUGAAUGUAAUUGACCGGAAACCAUACCCUGAUGAUGAAAAUUUAGUGGAAGUGAAGUUUGCUCGAACACCUGUUAUGUCUACAUAUCUGGUUGCAUUUGUUGUGGGUGAAUAUGACUUUGUAGAAACAAGGUCAAAAGAUGGUGUGUGUGUUCGUGUUUACACCCCUGUUGGCAAAGCAGAGCAAGGAAAAUUUGCGUUAGAGGUUGCUGCUAAAACCUUGCCUUUUUAUAAAGACUACUUCAAUGUUCCUUAUCCUCUACCUAAAAUUGAUCUCAUUGCUAUUGCAGACUUUGCAGCUGGUGCCAUGGAGAACUGGGGCCUUGUUACUUAUAGGGAGACUGCAUUGCUUAUUGAUCCAAAAAACUCCUGUUCUUCAUCACGCCAGUGGGUUGCUCUGGUUGUGGGACAUGAACUCGCCCAUCAAUGGUUUGGAAAUCUUGUUACUAUGGAAUGGUGGACUCAUCUUUGGUUGAAUGAAGGCUUCGCAUCCUGGAUUGAGUAUCUAUGUGUAGACCACUGCUUUCCAGAGUAUGAUAUCUGGACUCAGUUUGUUUCUGCUGAUUACACCCGAGCCCAGGAGCUUGAUGCCUUAGAUAACAGCCAUCCUAUUGAAGUCAGUGUGGGCCAUCCAUCUGAGGUUGAUGAGAUAUUUGAUGCUAUAUCAUAUAGCAAAGGUGCAUCUGUCAUCCGAAUGCUACAUGACUACAUUGGGGAUAAGGACUUUAAGAAAGGAAUGAAUAUGUAUUUAACCAAGUUCCAACAAAAGAAUGCUGCUACAGAGGAUCUUUGGGAAAGUUUAGAAAAUGCUAGUGGCAAACCCAUAGCAGCUGUGAUGAAUACCUGGACCAAACAAAUGGGAUUCCCUCUCAUUUAUGUGGAAGCAGAACAGGUAGAAGAUGACAGAUUACUGAAGUUGUCCCAAAAGAAGUUCUGUGCCAGUGGACCUUAUGUUGGAGAAGACUGUCCCCAGUGGAUGGUUCCUAUCACAAUCUCUACUAGUGAAGAUCCCAAUCAGGCCAAACUUAAAAUUCUAAUGGAUAAGCCAGAGAUGAAUGUGGUUUUGAAAAAUGUCAAAUCAGACCAGUGGGUUAAGUUAAAUCUGGGAACUGUUGGAUUUUAUCGAACCCAAUAUAGCUCUGCCAUGCUGGAAAGUUUAUUACCAGGCAUUCGGGACCUUUCUCUGCCUCCUGUGGAUCGACUUGGAUUACAGAAUGACCUCUUCUCCUUGGCUCGAGCUGGAAUCAUUAGCACUGUAGAGGUUCUAAAAGUCAUGGAGGCUUUUGUGAAUGAGCCCAAUUAUACUGUAUGGAGCGACCUGAGCUGUAACCUGGGGAUUCUCUCAACUCUCUUGUCCCACACAGACUUCUAUGAGGAAAUCCAGGAGUUUGUGAAAGAUGUCUUUUCACCUAUAGGGGAGAGACUGGGCUGGGACCCCAAACCUGGAGAAGGUCAUCUAGAUGCACUCCUGAGGGGCUUGGUUCUGGGCAAACUAGGAAAAGCAGGACACAAGGCAACGUUAGAUGAAGCCCGUCGUCGGUUUAAGGAUCAUGUGGAAGGAAAACAGAUUCUCUCUGCUGACCUGAGGAGUCCUGUCUAUCUGACCGUUUUGAAGCAUGGUGAUGGUACUACCUUAGACAUUAUGCUAAAGCUUCACAAACAAGCAGAUAUGCAAGAAGAGAAAAACCGAAUUGAAAGGGUUCUUGGGGCUACUCUUUUGCCUGAACUGAUUCAAAAAGUCCUUACAUUUGCACUUUCAGAAGAGGUACGUCCACAGGAUACUGUAUCAGUAAUUGGUGGAGUAGCUGGAGGCAGCAAGCAUGGGAGGAAAGCUGCAUGGAAAUUCAUAAAGGACAACUGGGAAGAACUUUAUAAUCGAUACCAGGGAGGGUUCUUAAUAUCCAGACUAAUAAAGCUCUCAGUAGAGGGAUUUGCAAUUGAUAAAAUGGCUGGAGAGGUUAAGGCUUUCUUCGAGAGUCACCCAGCUCCUUCAGCUGAGCGUACCAUCCAGCAGUGUUGUGAAAAUAUCCUGCUGAAUGCUGCUUGGCUAAAGCGAGAUGCUGAGAGCAUCCACCAGUACCUCCUUCAGAGAAAAGCCUCCCCACCUGCAGUGUGAACCCUGAGCAGCCACUGCUGCGGCUCUUCUGCUGCUUCGCUGCCAGGAUAAGGUGGAGCUACCGAACAGCUGAUUCAUAUGCCAAGAAUUCGGAGUCUUCUUUCAAACCAGUGGGGGUUGGACAAUGAAUGUAGUUAACUGGUUCCUGCUCACACUCCAGAAUUAAAUUCUAUUGAAAAAGGAAAAUCAGCAAUUCAGCAAAAAAUAAAAUAAAAAUAAAAAUGUAAAUAUGAUAGUAAUAAAGUAGAGCAUAAUGAAACUGUGAAACUUCCUGAAGCCUUGUCAGUGGUUAAAAGUAUUUAACACUCUUGUUAAUGACAGAUGUUCUGUUUUUAUAACCUACCAAAACAAACUAGAGGCUUCUAGGGAAGAGAAUUUUUGUGCAGUGGGUUCUGCAAGCAGCCUACAAGCCCAGGAUAGUGUUGUGCAUUGCUGGGAAUGGCUAAAUAUGAAAGGCUAAUGGUUGGUAUAACAUAGUCCAAGUCUGUGCAUAUUUAAAAAAAAAAAAAAAAUUUUUUUUUCUUUGUCAUGGGGACUGACCAGGAAGAUAACUUUUCCUGCAUAACUCAAUCUGAACCAAGGAUUGUAGUUUUCCUCCUUGCCUCCCUUCUGUGUGACCCCUUGGCCAAAAAAUGAGAAAGAAAAAAAAAAGGUAAAAACAAAAAAUCCUCUACCCUCUCUGGGUUUUUCCUCCUGUAGUUCUACUCCAGCCCCCAACCUGACCCCGA